AUGAAUAUCAACCAGUUGCUAUGCUCGCCUUCACCCUCCCCCACGUCGUCGACGAGCGGCAAAUCUGGCUCUGGUAGCAUGCAUCCGACUCACAGCUAUCAAUCGAACCCAAGCCCGCAAUCGAAUGCUACUCGGCAGGGCAUCAUAAACCGAUGUACCAACUGUCGACAACCAGGACACAAUCGCAAGACUUGUCCCCUUCCUGAAGUUCCCAAGCCUCCGCCAUUACCGCCAGCUCGGCCAAGAGCUCGUGGUUGCUGCGCCCUUUGUGGUCGGGAGGGCCAUAACCGGACUUCAUGUGGGCUAAAGCCUCCCAAGUGA